AGGUAUCCCUCAGUCACCACAACCACGAACAUGGACACAGCCAGCCAGGCGCUCGCGCAACGUCUGCCUAAGGGUAUACGUGAUACAUGUGCUGCUCAAUCAGAGCACAGCAAUGUCCCUAUCUCAACUCUAAUCCACCAUAGGCUUAGACGACGCUCGCGAGCAGAGCAGGCUUAGAGUUAGCAGUACUUAACUUAAGAGGAAGAGAAGGCGCUUGUAAAGUUCCUGCUACUAAUGUCUAGUCUCAGACAACCUAUGCGCGUUAAGUGUCUUCGCUCGCUAGCGUUCAGCAUAACCCGCCAGCGAUCUAUGAAGAGCGAUUUGAUUAAGUGUCUAGGGAAGAACUGGCCAUGAGCGUUUAAGAAGCGUCACCCUAAACUCCAGUUAAGAAGUGUCAGAUUAAUAGACUAGAAGCGUCAU